GAUUCCAUGACGGAGUGUGUUCAACCUAUCGAACUUCAGGAGCAGAACAAGUGCUUCAAUCAAACAUGGCGAAAAAGGCUAAAGGGUCUCUCUCCGCUUCUUCUGCCUCUGCUACUGCUAAACGCUCCACGAGACCCUCUGCCUCUGCGUCUUCUGGCAAACUAGUGUUGAGGAUUAAAUCAAAUGAGGCAAUGAAGAGACCGGUGCGGCAGAUUGAUUCAAGAAAGAAACCCAAAGCAAAGAAAAAGAAGAACAAACAAAAGAUUGAUGCUAAGAAGCCAAAGAAACCUCCAACUGCUUUCUUCUACUUCUUGGAGGAUUUUCGUAAAGAAUUUCAAGGGCUGAAUCCAGAUGUAAAGUCAAUGCGGGAUAUUGGCAAGGCAUGUGGAGAGAAGUGGAAAACAAUGACAUAUGAGGAGAAGGUUCAAUACUAUGAUAUAGCAACAGAAAAACGUGCAGAAUUUGAUAGAGCAAUGGCAGAAUACAACAAGAAAAUGGAAAGCGGUGAAUAUGAAGAAACUGAUGAGGAAUCAGAGUUUGAUGAGUAAAGCCAUGUAAUUAUUUUCUUACUACGAAGGUUGUCUCUGUAUUAAUUGAAACUACUUGACUAAAAGUUGUAUAUUCAGUUUUAGUCAGCUCUGGUUUGUCCUUGUGAAUAAUUCUCAUUUUUCUGUGUCAAUGUAUGUAUGAACUAUGAAGUACUAAUGUUAGUAGCAUUUAGAUGUUUAAAAUU